UGCUAAGUAUUUCUGACCUGCUUCACAGCGCUGCACUGGCAACACGUGUGUAGCUUUUUUCGCACUUGCAACGUAGCACGCUGCAAACUAACUAAAACUGUAAGUAACUUCUGCGUUAUCCCUCAGAAACAUGACCAAGGUAAAGAAGGACAAAGGCAUCAAGGAGGAGGAGGCUGGAGCGACGGAGACUGUAGGGACAGAGAAGUCGUAUCAAGAGUUGAUUGCAAACAUCAACCCAAUUGCUAAUCCACUGGCCACUAAGAAGCUAAGCAAGAAGCUCUACAAAUGUGUCAAAAAAGCAUCUAAGCUCAAACAAAUUCGCCGUGGCGUGAAAGAAGUUCAGAAGUUCAUUAACAAAGGAGAAAUUGGGAUUGUGGUGUUGGCUGGAGAUACUCUUCCAAUCGAUGUUUACUGCCAUCUACCCGUCAUGUGUGAGGACAGGAGUCUGCCAUAUGCCUAUAUUCCCUCAAAAGUGGACCUUGGUUCGUCUGCAGGCUCAAAGCGGCCCACCUGCGUCAUCAUGAUCAAAUCUCAUGAGGACUAUAAGGAGGCCUAUGAUGAGUGUUUCGAGGAGGUCUCUGCCCUGCCCAAACCCCUCUGAACAUGUUCUCUGGCUAUCAGACUCAAAUUGUAUCUGAGAAUGUCUGGCUGUAGGCAGAAUCAAUUGGGGGGGGGGGUGAAAUGAACUGACUAACACUAGAGCCAAGCUACAGGGUGGUGUUGUAUUUCAGUCUCAGUAUACAUCGAUGCCCCCCCCCCCCCCCCCCCCAAGUCAUCUUUGUUUGUUUUGGUUAUUAAAUGUAAAUGGGGCCUAUGAAGGUUGACACAGCAAUUUUUGGUAUUUUAAAUAGGUGCUGACUUGAAAAAGGACAUAACUUUAUUUUCCUCGUUUGGUGGCAUUCAUGCGUUGUCUACAGCCAGAUAUGAAUAUGCCUAUCAAGUACAUUCAGUUUUUAUAUUGUAUUAUGUGCUUUCAUAACUUGUGUUAUUUCAAUGUCACACUUGCUAUCGGUUGCACUGCUAUGAAACAUACAUUUUGGUAUGAAAAAUAAAUCUGCACACUGAUUUUAUGAGUUGAUAAGCCUUGUGUUUGAAUGGUAAAGACUCGGGUUAGGUAACAGAUCAUGUGCUUAUUAGUGUAUCUUGUGUGUUUUUGUUGGCGUGAACAGCCAAUUCUAACCAUAGGGGACUACAUGGUUCCUGCGCAGUUAAACAUCAUUAAAUACUUUUUUGCAAUCUCGUUCUGAUAUGUUUGGUCAUUGCAGUUGUAAACGAAUGUAUCACUUAUGGGGUGGCAGGUAGCCUAGUGGUUGGACUAGUAACCGAAAGGUUGCAAGAUCAAAUCCCCGAGCUGACAAGGUAAAAAUCUGUCAUUCUGCCCCUGAACAAGGCAAUUAACCCACUUUUCCUAGGAUGUCAUUGUAAAUAAGAUUUUGUUCUUAACUGAUUUGCCUAGUUAAAUAAAGGUCAAGUUGAAAAUA